UGUGGGUGCGGUUUAUUUAAAAGUUGAAUUUCAGUUUAAUAAUAUUUUUAAAACGCCGCUGGCUAGGGAUAUAUAUUACAAAUUAAUUUUAAACCUGAAACUAAAAAAAUUCAUUCCUUUUUAUGAUGAAUAAGCAAUCGUCACGCAGUCCGAACUUACGGCGUACUCCUAGAAGGAAAAGUUUCAGAAGUUUUUCAUUAGGGAAAGAAAACAACACCUUUGCUGUUGCAAAGAGACAUUCCACAACAUCAAAAAAAGUGGAAAAUAUUAUAAAUGAGGUCAGAGUGACGGCUUGUAAAACGAUUACUAAUGUCAAAUCAUCAUUUGGAGAUAUAUCCGAGAAAUUAAAAGGACCUCUGAAAAGAACUCGCAGCUUCUCAAAGAGGCAACAAUAUGAAGGCUUGGAAGAAAUUGCCACUCCAGUGAAGCUUUACACACCAUUCAAUUUUGUGACUCCAAGUCCACCCACACCUGAUCGCAAAAGGAUUUCACCCAGAAGGUGCUCAUUCAAGAGUCCAACUGGAAGAUUCCAAAAAGAUGUUCAACAGCUGAAUCGUGAGCUGAAAGAACUAAAAGAAAUUGAAAAUUCACUCUGUGCUGCAAAGCUAAGAUAAUUUGGUUUUGCUUUGAUUUUGCAUUUUAAGGUUUUUCACUGGCAGCUUGGUUUUAAGUUGUUACUGUAGUGGUGUAGAUUUUUCAUGUUUUGUUAUGAACAAUUUUCAAUAAAUGUCUUUUAUUUUU